UCACUGCCCUUACCUUCAGCAGGAGCGCGCGCCGAGGAGUCUGCGCCCGCCCGCCCUCCGCUCUGUCUCGCAGCCGCCCACUGCCCGCUUGCCGCCCACCAUGGCCCUGCUGCACUCUAGCCGCGUCCUGUCCGGGAUCGCCGCUGCCUUCCACCCAGGCGUCGCGGCCGUGGCUUCUGCCAGAGCCAGCUCCUGGUGGGCCCAUGUGGAGAUGGGCCCCCCAGAUCCCAUCCUGGGGGUCACAGAAGCCUACAAAAGAGACACCAACAGCAAAAAGAUGAACCUGGGCGUUGGCGCCUACCGGGACGACAGUGGAAAGCCUUACGUGCUCCCUAGCAUCCGGAAGGCAGAGGCCCAGAUUGCUGCAAAAAAUCUGGACAAAGAAUACCUGCCCAUCGGGGGACUGGCCGAGUUUUGCAAGGCAUCCGCGGAAUUAGCUCUGGGCGAGAACAGCGAAGUGGUGAAAAGUGGCCGGUAUGUCACCGUGCAGACCAUUUCUGGAACCGGGGCCUUAAGGAUCGGAGCCAGUUUUCUGCAAAGAUUUUUCAAGUUCAGCCGAGAUGUCUUUCUGCCGAAACCGACCUGGGGGAAUCACACGCCCAUCUUCAGGGACGCAGGCAUGCAGUUACAGAGCUACCGGUACUAUGACCCCAAGACGUGCGGCUUUGACUUCAAAGGCGCCAUGGAGGACAUUUCAAAAAUACCACAGCAGAGUGUUAUUCUUCUCCAUGCCUGCGCCCACAAUCCCACGGGAGUGGACCCUCGCCCGGAGCAGUGGAAGGAGAUAGCUUCGGUGGUGAAGAAAAACAACCUCUACGCGUUCUUCGACAUGGCCUACCAAGGCUUUGCCAGUGGUGACGGCGACAAGGAUGCCUGGGCUGUCCGCCACUUCAUCGAACAGGGCAUCAACGUGUGCCUCUGCCAGUCCUAUGCCAAGAACAUGGGCUUAUACGGGGAGCGCGUGGGAGCCUUCAGUGUGAUCUGCAAAGAUGCUGAUGAAGCCAAGAGGGUGGAGUCGCAGCUGAAGAUCCUGAUUCGUCCCAUGUAUUCCAACCCUCCCAUCAAUGGGGCCCGGAUCGCAUCCACCAUUCUGACGAGCCCCGAUCUGCGGAAACAAUGGCUGCAGGAAGUGAAAGGCAUGGCCGACCGCAUCAUCGGCAUGCGGACUCAGCUGGUCUCCAACCUCAAGAAGGAGGGCUCCUCCCACAACUGGCAGCACAUCACCGACCAGAUCGGCAUGUUCUGUUUCACAGGACUAAAGCCCGAACAGGUGGAGCGGCUGACCAAGGAGUUCUCCAUCUACAUGACGAAGGACGGCCGCAUCUCGGUGGCAGGGGUCACCUCGGGCAACGUGGGCUACCUUGCCCAUGCCAUUCACCAGGUCACCAAGUAAUUUCCCUGACAAGAGGAAACAGAGACGACCUUCCCGGCAACCUCUGCUGUUGGGAGAUUCCCACAGAGGAAGAGGGAGGGUGGAUGGUGGUGAGCGGAUCAUUUCUUUCAACCACGGUACUGAAAACUCAGUGCUUGAAUGCGUUUCUCAGAAAAGAACAUGUAGGGAAAUGGGCAGAGGCAUCUGUGGCUGGUGCCUGGGACUUUGUGGCUCUAAACCAAACUCUCCCCGAUCUUUAUACCUCCAGCUUUUCCGAGAGAGUUUACAUGUACAAGAAAGUUGUAGCCAAAAAAACCAUCAAUCAGACCAUUGCAACAUUUCCGAAGCUUUAACUGAAGCAACAUAUGGUAUUGAUUCAGCAUGAAAAUGCCACUUACUGGAGGCUUUAUGAGAAGAACUAGUCCAAACAAUAGUGGCUCCGUGUUUGUCUUCCCGGGACAGAGCAGCCUGACCAACACACCACGUCACAGAAAUCACAUGUUGUCAAAACCCGUGAGUCGGCUGCCACUGCAGCAGGAAAAUUAAAAGAUGCUGUUUCCUGUCUUAUUUAAGGAAAAAAAAGGAAGAAGGCUCUCCUUGUAGGUACUCACAGGCACUUGAAUGUUCCCCUCUCUGAUCACUGCUGGUCUUCUUCGUAGGCACAGGGUCUUUCAUCCUGUUCUGUUGCUUGAUUGACCACCAGGCCCAUCCUGUAGCUCUGGCUCAUUUGAAGAAUGAAGACCGUAAUUUACUGCUCACCCCAUCCCCUCACCUUGCUCAACAAAGAACAGCAGAGGAUGGUAAACAGACCAUUUCAGCAUCCUCUUCAGUGAUCGUCUGCUGCCGGAUGUCACCUCUGCCCAGUCGGACCUCACACCUCUGUCGUUGCUGUCGUGAGCCGGGCCAGGCAGGUGGAACCAGCGGAGGACAUUCAGGGCUUUGGUUCUGACCUCCGCGUGCUUCCAGCUGGGCUCCGGCUGCACCCCUGGGGAAGAUAACCACCAUCUGCUCCGAUCGUGUAGACUUACUGCAGGCUGGUUUCUCUUGUUACAAUAAAGUUACCGUAGACCCAA